AUGCCGGAUUCAGCGUUUGAUCCCCAGCUAUCUGCUGAGCUCCACAACACGAUCUUGCAUCAUGCAUGGACCGGUGCGGGACGCGAUCUAGCUUUACUGCCGUCCACAACAUGGUGGGAAGGAUCCUCCCCACUCCCAGCUGACACUGCUAUACGACUGAAUGCAAACCUCGUUCAUUUCCUCCGUCUCGCUAAAAUAACGACCCCGGAUCCACAAUUUCACUUUUUCUACUUUUUGAGGUCAUUGCAAGUCAGUGCUCAAAUGUAUUCGCUCUCGUAUGAGAGUGACCCUGAUAGAUUUAUCUAUCUUUAUCCUUCGACAAGCGCUAUUUUCGACGAGGACGAAGUUGGUAUAGUGUUCGAUCAAAAAACAGAACUAGCAGCCUAUGUUGCCCACUGGUAUGAUAUACCUUGCAUGUUUGGGGAAACAUGGGGUUGGAAGCCUCUGCAGGAUAUCCUUCGAGCAUAUCUCGAGAUGAUUGAGGAAGGCAAAGUGCAAGCGUCCUCGAACAGGGUCGAGGAGGAGGAGGAAGAGCAAGAAAAACCUCGAUUCUUUCCAUGGCAGUAUCAUGAGUAUACGGACCGAGAUAUCGCAAAGGCGAUCAACGCGUUCACUCGGCUUCUCGACGCAAUCGACCAACGACUCCCUCAACCUGCGAGAGACCCAGAAUUACAGCUUCCAUACUCACCCGCUACUCUCGCCGAAGCUGCAAUCCCUAUCAAUACGUUCAUUCGGUCUUUCCUCUCUGAGGUACCCCCUCGGACCUUAUCCUUCCGUUAUAUCGCCCCGGGUAUCAGUAUCCAGUCAGCUACGGAGUUUAUAGCCCGGCCGUGGAAAGAUCUAAGCUAUAUAGGGCCAUUCCUAUUAUUCCGAGGGGAUGAAUCAUCCUCGCUAAGCUACAAGCGGUUAUUAUUUCCCAAUCCAGAGUAUAGCCACCAGGGCGUUUCUACGGGCUUAUAUUUAAUGCCAGCUGCCGAAGGGCCAGCUAAUUUCAGGAACUCCUGUAGAUUACUUCUACCGUUUAAUAUUGGAGCUCGCGAGUAUGCGCGCUUUAGCAAUGGUCAGAAGCUACAGGAAGCCCGCGCCUGGUAUAUGCCUCAGGAAGAUACCUCGUUUGAGCUUUACCAGCCGGGGCGAGAGAGUGGCUUUUUGGAAUUUCAUGAAGUUCAACUUCACAAAGUACUACUGAACUGGGCGGAGAGAGUCGAAAUGGGUGAUUGGGAGGUGAAUGCAGACGGAGUUGUUGGUGGUAUUCGGAAGUUCGCGGAAGCUGAUACACCGGAACAUUGGAAGGAGUAUCAGAUUCCGCUGUCUUGGUGA